AUGGGGAUCACUGCAGCAACCACAAAUUACCCUAUUGAAUAUUAUUAUUACAAGUAUUCUCCCAGCUAUACCGAGACUUAUCCUGAUCCAGCUACUAAUGAUCCUUCUUAUUCCAAGGAACACUCUUAUUUAGAAAUAUUUAUCCCCAUUCUUUAUACUGUCACAUUCAUCGUAGGCUGCCUUGGCAACAUAUUUGUGAUCAUUGUAAUGAGCUUCAGAAAGAGCACACGGAGGCUGGUGGACACUUUUGUCAUCAACCUGGCCUUAGCAGACCUCAUCUUUGUUUUCACCUUGCCUUUGUGGUCUGUUUUUGCGGCCACUGAUAAUCAUUGGCAUUUUGGAGACAGCCUAUGCAAACUCAGCAGUUACAUUAUAGCAGUGAACAAGUUCUCUAGCAUUGCCUUCCUUACUUGCAUGAAUGUGGACCGCUAUCUGGCUGUGGUCAGGCUCUUGGACACUAGGUUUGUCAGGAACCGGAGAUGCAUACUGAUAGCUUGUGUCACCAUCUGGCUUGUUUCUCUCAUCAUGGGUCUACCUUCCUUAAUCUACAGGUAUUUUUGCAGUGAUGGAGAGUCUACAAGGAAAUUGUGCUUGGAAGAAACCCAUUCUGCAUUCUUUAAUGCCUUCAGUCUGAGUUCCCUUUUGCUGAUGUUUGUUGUACCCUUAACCAUCAUUCUGUUUUGUUACGGUUCAAUUUACAUGAGGCUUUACACUUGCUUUGAAAUGGCAAAGGUUGAAAUAAAACACAAUAAUUCUCUCAAGAUUGUUUUUAUCAUUGUGACCGCUUUUAUUUGCUCCUGGUUACCCUUCAAUGUUUUCAAGGUCAUCUGGCUAAUGGAGAUGACAACCCUGUCAUGCCAGGGCAUUGAAACUGUGAAAUGGGGGCUCACCUGCACAGCCUGCUUUGCUUUCUUUAACAGCUGCAUGAACCCCAUCAUUUACAUGUCCCUGGAUUGUCACUUCAGACUUCAGGCAGUUCAGUUACUUCUCCAUGCCUUUAGAAACUGCCACAAGCAAAACCGGGUCAGCAGUGGCUGCUCCUCUAACUCCUCGGGUACAGAUAGCAUGAUACCCUUUAGAUCCAGAAUCACAGCCUUGUCGACCUUAUACUGCUGA